CGAAAAAAAGAAAGAUGAGAAUUGCUGUAGAAGGUUGUGCACACGGCGAAUUGGAUAUUAUUUACGAGACUAUCCAAGAAAUAGAAAAAGUUAAUGGGAAAAAAAUAGAUUUACUUAUUUGUUGUGGAGAUUUCCAAGCAACAAGAAAUUUGAGUGAUUUAAAAUGUAUGGCAAUAUCUGAUAAAUAUAAAGACAUGCGUACCUUUUAUAAAUAUUAUUCUGGUGAGAAAGUUGCUCCUGUGUUAACAAUAUUUAUUGGGGGAAAUCAUGAAGCUUCCAAUUAUCUUCAAGAACUACCGUAUGGUGGUUGGGUGGCUCCUAAUAUUUAUUAUUUAGGAUAUGCCAGUGUAAUAACAAUAGGUGGUAUUAGAAUUGCAGGAUUAUCAGGUAUAUAUAAAAGUCAACAUUGGAUGCAGGGACAUCAUGAAAAACCACCAUAUACUGAAAACACGAUAAGAAGUGUAUAUCAUAUCAGAAAUUUAGAGAUAUUUAGAUUAAAACAGCUUACUGGUAAUAUUGAUAUUUUCUUGUCACAUGAUUGGCCAUCAGGCAUAACUAAAUAUGGAAAUGAAAAUGUUUUAUUAAAAGAAAAACCUUUUUUCAAAAAUGAUAUCAAGAAUAAUGUGCUUGGUAGUCCACCAAGUAUGGAACUUUUGGAACAUCAUUAUCCAAGCUAUUGGUUUUCUGCUCACUUACACUGUAAAUUUGCAGCUCUUGUUAAUGAAAAAGGAGGAACAAGAGUAACUAAAUUUCUAGCUCUAGAUAAAUGUCUCCCAAAAAGAAAAUUUCUUCAAGUACUUGAAAUUAAACAUAAUUCAGAUUUACCACUGAAAUUACAUUAUGACUUAGAGUGGUUAACAAUAUUAUAUUUAACAAAUCAUUUAUUAAGUGUCAAAAGUGGAAUUCACUAUAUGCCUGGUCAAUAUGGUAAUACUAGAUGGGUAUUUACACCAACCGUAGAAGAGAAAGCAAUGGUUUUAAAAAAAUUUAACUGUGAUUUAGAAAUUCCAUUGAAUUUUACACAAACUGUAAAAUCAUAUAAUCCUGAUUGUACAGAUGUGUCAGUGGUAUCACCACAAUUGAUACUAAAUAGUCAAACAACCCAAUUUUGUGAUACUUUGGGUAUUGACGAUCCAUCUGUUUUACUACUAUUAAUACAAAACUCCCACGAAAUUUCUAUUUCCUUUGAUGAAGAUAAUGUCUUAAGUUCUACAUUUGAUGGAAAAUUAGCUAGUGACUCAUUUAAUCCGACAUCGCCAUUAAAUUUAUCUCCAAAAAGCAAUAAUGAAGAGCAAGAAUCAGAAAUAAGUAGCAGUAAGGAUACAACAAAUGAAAGUCUUAACAAUUUAUCAUCAGCAGUAAAUCAUGAUUGUACAGGUGAUGGUGAUAAUCAUUUCAUACAGAUUGAACCAAAUUGUAAGAAAUUUAAACGUCGAAAUUAUUCUAUAUAUUCGAAUACACUUUAACUGGAAAUUAAGGUAUUUUAUAGUUAAAUUUGGAAUAUUUUAAUUUCAUGAGACACAAUGUUGUAUAGGAAAAUUUUAAUA